UAUUGCACAAUCAAAACGAAAGCUGGGUCACUGCUUCUAUUUUUGGUAUCAAAUUUUCUAUAAAAGACUUUAAAAGUUGCACAACCCUAUUAGUAUACAUAACACAGAUUGUGCAGAAUCGAAAGAGAAACUUAAUAAGUUAAACUUUAAUCUAGUAAUAUCACCUGAUUGUCACAGUUUGAAGAAAUGGAGUCCCGUAUGUCCUGUCCUGUUUGCCACGAGGGCAUCGAUGUGUUUGCUGUUGGUUGCUGUGAUCAUGUCAUCUGUUAUAAAUGUUCUUGUCGAAUGCGUGUACUCUGCGAACAGUUCUAUUGUCCUAUCUGUCGAACAGAUUUACCACAGGUUUAUCUGAUAAAAGAAGCCUUAAAAUUUAGUGAAAUUCCUAGACAUGGGUAUAUUCAAAAUAGGAGAAACAAGAUCUUUUUCCAAAAUGAGGAUAUUAAACACUCAUUUGAUAAUAUUCUGGAAAAUCGAUGUCAGAUCUGUGCCCAUGCCAGGCCUGAAAGAUGCUUCAAAGAUUUACAGAAUCAUUUGAGAAAACAACAUACUUUGUUCUAUUGUAAUCUUUGUGUGGAUCAUUUAACGUUAUUGCCAUCGGAAAGAAAAUUUUAUAAUCGUCAUGAUUUAGCAGCUCAUCGUCGUCAAGGAGAUAAAGAUGAUAAAUCUUAUAAAGGUCAUCCAAAUUGUGAAUUUUGUGAUGAAAGAUACUUUGAUAAAGAUGAGUUGUAUAGACAUUUACGUAAAGAUCACUAUUUCUGUCACUUUUGUGACCCAGAGGGAUGCAGUGAAUUUUAUAAUGACUAUCAAUCAUUGAGGAAUCAUUUUGGAGAGAAGCAUUAUUUAUGUCAAGAAGGAGCUUGUUCUGGUGUUGAGGUGCGUUUGACUCAUGCUUUCCGUUCCAAGAUAGAUUUUCAGGCUCAUACAACUGCAGAACAUGCUAAUAACUUAACCAAAGCCCAGGCUAAACAACUACGUACCAUAGACAUAGAUUAUCAGUUACCACGGAGGGAAACUCAAAGGAGGAGAGACAGGGGUGCUGUAAAUGCUGGUGAUUAUGAAGAUGUUAGACCUGUACAGACACAAGUAUUCCAUAAUAAUAGAGGUUCCAGAGGGAGACAAAGAUAUGAGGAACCUAGAGGGUAUAGAAGAGGAAACUUCAGUGAGGAAGAUGUACAGAAAGCUAUUCAUGCUUCUUUAGAUGUCAUGAAAGAAAAAGAAAAGGUUGAAGAACAACCAGAAAAGGAAGAAGAAGAAGAAAAAGUUUUACGUAAUGCUGAGAACUUCCCUGUUCUAGGUAACAAUGAUUUACGUGUAGACUCACCUGUUGAUUCAGAUCAUAAGGAUUCUGACUCUGAAGCAUUAGACUUCUCUAUGGCACAACAAAUAGCACUGAAAAACAAAAGAUCUGUACAGUAUGGUAGACUUAUAUCAGAAGAAUUUCCCUCCUUGUCUGGAGAACCAUCUACCAAAGAUAAAACUGCUGAGACAUUAGAAAAGAAACCUGCAACUGUUGAAAUAUCUAAACCGCAACCUAUUAUUAAAUCACAACCUGUUUCCAAAUCUGUAUCAAAACCUGUAUCUAAGUUUACUAAUACAACAUCUAAAGGACCGGUGGUGGAUGAUUUUCCCGGGCUGCCCACUAAAUCAUCCAGUAUUAGCAGUGCUUUAGGUUCAGCGAAGUGGGUUUCUAAACAAACCGCCAAAGAAACAAAACAAGCUGCUGCCAUGCCUGUACAAAUUACAAUGAAUGUCUCCGCAAAUAACCAAAAGUCGUCAAAAAACAAAACUAAAUUAUCUAAUAAGACAUUCCAAGAUGAAAAAGACUUUCCAUCUUUAGGAGGACAGCCUGCGUCAACAUCUGCAUCAAAUAUGAACUGGUUACAAAAAUCUGCCAAAGGGAAGAGUAAGCCUAUACAAGAAAAGAAACCUAUUGACUGGUUUGAUGCCGAUAAUGACUUUGAAUAUAGUAUUGAAAAUGUAACAAAACAAUCACAACCUAUUCUAACUGAUGAUAAAAAAACUAAUACUAGUGAUACUAAAAAGAAGAAGAAGAAAAAAGACAAAUCUAAAUCAUCAGAUAAUGAUAUUAAUAAUGAUACAAAGUCUAAAGGUGGUUCCAGUUUAGAUAGUAUUGCUAGUAGUCUAUUGAGUACUAAAGGAGUUACAAACAGGGAACAACCUAAAGUUGAAAGCCCAAAGGUUGUCAGAAAAGAAGAAAUUUAUAGGUCAGCAAGUCCUGAACAUUUCAAAAUAGUUGACAAGAAAGUCAAAACUGCAGAUAUUCCUGAAGAUAACAAUAAAUUUUCAAUACUGAGCAACGAAACUGAAAUAAAGUCCUUUGUUGAGAGCAAGCCAAGGUUUGUACCAAAACAGAAUGACAAAAAUCUUAAAUUGGAUGAUUUUCCAACACUGGGAUCGAGUAACCAGUCCAAAGCACCACCACCGGGAUUCGCUAAACCUCUGCCAUCAAACAGCAGUGUGUCAGCAGCAAAGCCACCAGGAUUUGAUAACGUCUCUUCCUCUAAGAGACCUCCUCCUGGUUUUGCUAUGCCUACAUCCUCACACAAGAAUGGUCAUUCGACAUCUGAAGAAAAAUCAUGCACUUUUACAUUGAAAAAUAUCAUGCCGAUGAUGACGGAAAUGAGCAACUUUGAUUAUGUGGCUCCGGAGAAUUCUAAAGUAAGAAAUCAGAAACUGAUUGCCGACAUUAUGUUACAUUUAGGAGAGGACAAGGAAAAUUUUGAUCAGUUUAAAACUGUGUCUGCUUCAUUCCGGCAAGGAACAACAGAUGCUGCUGAAUAUUACAAACAAUGUGAAAAGUUGAUAGGGAAGGAGAAUUUUGACAUUAUUUUCCCUGAACUUCUAGUCCUCCUACCAGACAUAAACAAACAACAACAACUUUUAACCACCUACAAAUCUAUUCAGGAGAAAAACAAAAGUGGUCAUGUGAUCAGAAUUUCUGGUAAGAGUGGUGAUGCUCCAUGGAAACAAACAUCAAACUUUCAGACAUGUCCAACAUGUCGACAGGUGCUCCUUUCAUCAGAUUACACUGAACACACAUCUAUACAUGGUAGUGCAUCAGACUUCCCUUCUCUAGGUGAUGGUGGUGGAGGACAUUGUCUAAGGUCAUGGGUCAAAGGGAAAUAAAUUGUGUUACCCUGCCAUGUAAAGAAGAAAACAGUUAACCUACAUUGUUUUAUGUAUUCAAUCUGUUUUACAUUAGUUUUUAGUCCAAAUUUUAGAAUAAUAUGGUUGUCACAUUAUCAAAGCUUCAAGAGAUUGUUUGGUUUGUAAAAAGAAUAUCAUUACUUUAUUUUCAUUAAGUUUUCAUUCCUGAUGUACUUGUAAAACCACUGUGUUGUUAUACAAAUGGUCAAUCAGUGUACUGGAUUUGUGUCCCCCUUGAAAAGAUUUAAAAAAAGAUAUCCAUUUGGAUGAUAAUCGCCUUACCUAUAGAAAUACUUUUUCAUGUCUUUUACAAUUUGUAUUACUCUUACUAUUUAUGCCCCUUGUUAAACUAUUUUUUAAUGAUCAUGUUGUUAACAAUUACAAUGAGAUUUGCCUCCUGAAAAUAUAUGUAUAUAUGGCAUGUAUGGUUUGCCUCCUAAAAUUAUUUAAAACAGAAAAAGUUUGAUUUUAUUAAUUUUGGGUUUUUUUCAAGAGCAUCUGUAUUUUUUGUCAUUCAAAGGUUCUUGCACAUCUAUAACAUGUAUAAUUCAAAUGGCUGUCAAUCAUGUUUGUCAAUUGAGCAAACUUGAAGAAACCAUGUUAAAAAAUUAUUUUCAGAAAAUAUAGAUAUUUUUCUCAAACAUAAUGAACUGUUCAUGUGACCAAUAAUAACAGACAGUAUAUAAUAUUUCAUUGUUGUACUUAUAAAUUUAAAUAAGGUGUACAAUGUUUUGUUAUGUAAAUUUAGAAAAAACAUCUGAAACCUGCAAUUCUUAAAAGAAGCUUGAUAAAGCUAAUAAUAAAUCUUAAUCAGAA